AUAUCAGUUACACUAAAAGAAUGGGAUAUACCAAUGGAAAAUCUAUUUAUUGGUGAAAUAAUUGGACGUGGUAAAUUUGGUACAGUAUAUCGUGGUAAAUGGCACGGUGAAGUAGCUAUUAAACGUAUAGAUUUCGAUCCAGAAGAUGUAGAUGAUUCAAUACGUGUUGAAGCGUUUAAACGUGAAGUUGCAUUACUACAUAAAACACGUCAUGAAAACUUAGUACUAUUUAUGGGUGCUUGUAUGAAAGCACCUGAUUUAGCUAUUGUUACACAACUUAGUCGAG